CAAUCUUAUCCUCUCAACUCUUUUGAGCUCCAAGAAGAGCAUAGAGAACUUAAAAAGCAGGAGCGCUGAGCUGAGCUACCCCUAAAAAGAAAACUGUAUAAAAAGUUUAAGUCGCACAAUCCAGUCCCUGGGGCUGAUCCCCACCCCUCCUCUCUCCCUCAUGGCCCUCCCGAUCUUUCUAAAUAAUUGUAGGUUUAUUAUUAUUAUUAUUCAUAUCUGCCACCCAAUUCUUCUCCUCUUCCUCUUCCUUCACUCCCUUUCCUGCUACUCUCCAUUACUACUCUUCAACAAGACUGAAUAUUACGAAAGUUGCAUCUUUCUUUUAUAAUUCAAGCACCCCUGCUCUGCUCAGCCCAUCAACAACAACAUACAACACAAGUAAGAUAGAGGCGAUUGAGUUGUUCUAGGAUUACUGACAAGUUUGGAUCGACUGUUGAUGGCAUCGGUAUUUUUGUACCAUGUAGUUGGGGAUCUGACAGUGGGGAAGCCUGAGCUCUCGGAGUUUGCUGAGACUGAGACAGUUGAAGCUGCCAUUCGGGCCAUCGCGGAUUCCUCCGAAGGAGGGAUUCCCGUCUGGAAGAAUAGAUCCCAAAAGAGUGUGAUGGAGAAUGCUGAAACCAGACAGCAGAGGUUCGUGGGCAUACUCAAUGCGCUGGAUGUUGUGGCAUUCUUGGCCAGAGAGGAUUCUUUGGCUGAUCAGAAUAAAGCCAUCAAUACCCCUGUUUCCGAGGUCGUUGUUCCAAAUAAUUCGGCCCUUAAGGUCGUUGACCCUGGCACAAGAUUGAUAGAUGCUUUGGAGCUGAUGAAACAAGGUGUCAAGCGGGUUCUUGUUCCUAAGAGUUUGGUUUGGAGAGGAAUGAGCAAGCGCUUUUCAAUUCUUUAUAAUGGAAAGUGGCUAAAAAAUGUUGACUCCUCUGGAGGCAAUAGCACGAAAGCUACUGCUAAUGCUAAUCGGCCAUCGUCAUCUUCCACUUCUUCCAUCCAGGACAAAUUUUGCUGUCUGUCAAGAGAAGAUGUCCUUCGGUUUCUUAUUGGUUGCCUUGGUGCUUUGGCCCCUAUACCGCUUUCUUCUAUUGCCUCCUUGGGUGCCAUCAAUCCGAACUAUUGUUGCAUCGAUGCUUCCUGCCCAGCCGUUGAUGUCACCAAAAAGCGCCCCCAGGAUCCAUGUGCGGUUGCUGUUGUUGAGUCAACUUCAGAUGGCCAGUAUAAGAUCGUAGGUGAAAUAUCAUCGGCGAAGCUACGGAAGUGUGAUUACUUGGGUGCUGCAUGGGCUCUGGCUAAUUUAUCAGCUGGACAGUUUGUUAUGGGGGUUGAAGACAACAUGACUGCAAGAUCAUUUCCUGAUAUUGCGCUUGAUGAAGUGGUUGGAGAGGCCAAUUUGGCUAAUGGUGGAGGGCCAACUAGGGCUAGAAAAUUCAGUAGUAGAAGUAUUGGGUUCUUUGGAAAUCCAGCAAAUCCAAAUUUUGGAGUUGCUAGAAGCAUGUAUCGCGGUAGAAGCGCCCCCUUGACCUGUAAAGUCACAAGUUCACUGGCUGCUGUCAUGGCACAGAUGCUGUCACACCGGGCAACCCACGUGUGGGUAACUGAGGCCGAGAAAGAUGACAAUUUAGUUGGUGUUGUAGGAUAUGCUGAUAUCUUAGCGGCAGUGACCAGGCAACCUGGGGCAGCCAUUUCUGAAAGCCACUCAUCCUGAGCAGCAUCUUUUUGUUUGUUUUCGCCUUACUUUUGUAAAUUUGAAAUAUAUGUUGCAAUAAGCAUGUGUGUGUCGUAUACUUUGGUUGAGCAGAAUUUUGGCAUACUGGUCUUUUGAGUCCCUGGUAUCGUAUGAUUUGAUUUGUUUGUGGAAGGUGGAAAAAGAUGUGCAUGGCAUGCAAGUAA